CAGGAUGACAGCAGGAGCAGCAGCAUCUAAUAAGCCCUGUGGACAAGUAUUAGUUCCCAAAUAUGUUAUUGGGCAGUUUCGCCUUGGAGGGCUUUAAAUAUUGUACCAUGUUUGCAUUUAAGUGGAUAGUAUUUUCAUUCAAAGAGUUUGGUGAUGUGAAUGUGGACAAGUCUUUGUUCUUCACCAUGCAGAAGACCAACAUUAUUGAGAGCCAGUUUGGUCUAAUGGGAAAGACACGGGUCUAAAUCCAGGAGACUCUGAGCUUUAAUCCCACUUUAGGCUUGAAAGCUAACUGAGUGUCUUUGGGCCAGGGGUGGGUUGUGGUGGCUGCUACUGCCGGUUCGCUCAGGGACCCUUCAUGCACGGACGUGCUUGAUGAAUGCUAUGCAUGCAGUACUAAAAAAAUGCUUCUGUGCAUGCGCAGAAGCCAAAAACAAGAUGAACUGAAAGAACCAGUUCAGGGGCGUGGCAGGCCUGGGGUGCUGCCACUUCCAGCAAUUCAGGCCGCCAAGUUACUACCUGUUCAGCCGAACCAAUUCGAACCGGUAGGAACCCACCUCUGCUUUGGACCAGUCACUCUCACCUCACUUCACAGGGCUGUUGUUGUAUGGAAAAUAGGCAGGAGAAGAAAUCUAAGUGAUUAAAUGUAAAGCUGCAAUCAUCUGGGAACCAGGCAAAGCAUUUUCGAUUGAAGAGAUAGAAGUAGCACCACCAAAGAGUCAUGAAAUUCGAGUGAAGAUGGUAGCCACUGGGAUCUGCCGGACCGAUGAUCAUGUAUGGAAAGGGUUUUUUCCAAAUAUAGACUACCCUGUUAUUGGGGGCCAUGAAGGCGCAGGCAUCGUUGAAAGUAUUGGGCCAGAAGUCACUUGUGUAAAACCAGGUGACAAAGUCAUUCCUCUCUGUGUUCCUCAGUGCGGACAAUGCGACUGCUGCUUGAGCCCAAAAGCAAACUGCUGUCUCAAAUCCCACAUUUAUAAGGCUUUUCAAAGUGUGAUGCCAGAUGGAACCAGCAGGUUUACCUGCCGGGGUAAACAGAUUCAUCACUUCCUGUGGAUAAGCACCUUCUCCGAGUACACGGUGAUGCCUGAGGUAUCUAUUGUAAGAAUUGACGACGAUGCGCCUCUGGAUAAAGUUUGUCUCUUUGGCUGUGGCUUCUCAACUGGCUAUGGGGCUGCCAUCAAUUGUGCCAAGGUUGAUCCUGGUUCUUCCUGUGCCGUCUUUGGCUUGGGAGGUGUUGGCUUGUCUGUGAUCAUGGGUUGUAAAGCAGCUGGAGCAUCCAGGAUUUUUGGGAUUGACAUCAACAAGGAUAAAUUUAUAAAGGCCAAAGAAUUAGGAGCCACUGAAUGCUUCUGCCCCCGAGAUUUUGAGAAGCCGAUUCACGAGGUGCUUGUGCAGAAGACUGGUCUUGGUGUGGAUUAUACAUUUGAAGUGAUUGGACGCAUUGACACAGAAGUAUGUAAUUUGUGUUAGCAAUAAUCUCUUAGGUUCAAAUUUCCAUUCUGUAGCAGAAAACACCUUCAGAUAUUAGGAUUAACAUUCAAGCAGAAAAUAUUCUAGUGUCUUGGGGGUCACAUAUUCUAUUUUUGGGGGGAAUGUUUUUCCAUUUUCUAGGAAAAAAUGUGAACAUUAAAUAUAUGUCCAACACAUGCAUACUUUGGUAUCUUUGUAGUAGUGUCUGUGAGUCACAUCUGAGAUUAUGAUUAUAAAUAAUCACAUUCUCCUCC